AUGGAGAAAAGUGAGCUGGAGAAGUUAUGGGCGAAGAGGAAGGUUGUUUUCGCAAAAGCAAAAUGGGAGUUGUCCGUCGCAGAAUCGCUCAGCACCCGGAAUCCCUCAUUCGACGAGGUGCACGAGCGGCGGAACAAGCUCGUAGAACUUGCUGGAAACUUCGACAGGAUACAGACGACGAUCGAAGAAUGCACCAGCAAUUUGGAAGAUGUUGCAUCGUUUGAUGAAGUUUACUUCCAGAUAAAGGGUAUCUACACAGCAUAUCUGGAUGAAAAACAAGAUCGAAUGUCCAACUGCAGUGUCGGAACUGGAGAAUCGGUCAAUGACCUACGGGAUGCGAUCAGAGCGCUUGUAGAAACACAGCAAGCCUUGAUAUUGCAUCAAAUACAACCCACAGCAGCAUCGGCUACCGGCCAAGUGCCUAAUCAUAACAACCCUCUGAGCGUGAAGCUUCCUCAGCUAAACAUACCGGUGUUCAAGGGUGAACGGAAGAAUUGGCACUCAUUCAAGGAUUUGUUCGUGAGCACGAUCCACAGCAGAACGGAUCUAAAUGACUCGCUCAAAAUGCAGUAUCUGUUGUCCUACUUGGAUGGCGAGGCGAAGAAAAUGGUCAGUUCGUUUCCCAUCAGUGACGCCAAUUACAAGGAAGCCUGGGAAACAUUGGAAGCGCAUUAUAAUAAGAAGAAGUAUACGGUGUUUGCUCUGGUUCGAGAGUUCAUCGAUCAACCAUCAACGUCAACUGCACUCGGAUUAAAAAAGCUGGUGGCCACCUCCGACGAUGUGAUACGACAGCUCAAGGCUCUUGGAAACGAAUUCGAAUCGAGAGAUCCGUGGCUUAUCCACUUAUUGCUAGAGAAAGUUGACAAGGAAACUCGGUCUUUGUGGGCACAGAAGAUAAUUGAUGUCGAUAACCCAACGUUCACAGACAUCUUGGAGUUCUUGCAAAAGCGCUGCGAUGCGCUCGAGACGUGCACAGCCUUCACGAAGCGGACUAGCCAGGGAGACGUCGUAAAAAAGGAAUACCCGAAGGCACCCGGUGGCGAAAAGGUGCAAUCCUUCUUCACCAAUGCUUCAUUACCAACAUGCGCUAAAUGUUCGAAGGAUCAUCCAAUCUAUCACUGUGACCGGUUCAAAGAAAUGGAUGUAUCGGCCCGCAGAGAGUUAGCACAAACAUCAAGACUGUGCUUUAACUGCUUGCGCUCCUCCCACACAGCGAAGAGAUGUCAGUCAAAGUCUGUUUGUCGCUCUACUGAUUGCAAGCAACGUCAUCACACCUUGUUGUGCACCCAGGAUGUAAAAAAGACGGAAAAGGAACCAGAACAGCAUCAACCCAAUCGGGAUACUGGUACAGUACCAGCAGUAGCAUCAGCGAACGUGAACGCAGCGCAGACGGUGGGAGAUAAAUAUGAAUUUACACUGCUGCCUACAGCGGUGGGACGAGUGGAAGGGAGCGACGGAAAACUGCACGAUGUACGAAUUCUAGUGGACUGUGGUUCACAGGUAUCGCUCAUUACAGAAGCGUGCGUCAGGCGUCUUGGGUUGAGACGCAGCAACGCUUCGCUGGUAGUGACUGGCGUCAGCGCAGAAGUCGUCGGCAAAACCGCCGGCAAGGUUACACUGGUGAUCUCAUCACGUUUCGAAAAUACAACAAAGCUCAUUGCUCAAGCCUACGUAUUGGGGAAGCUGACGGCAACUCUGCCGUGUCAGCGUUUCAGCGUAUCUAACAUGCCUUAUUUGGAAGGUCUACAAUUGGCCGACCCGCAGUUCAAUAAACCUGCAUCAACGGACAUCAUUCUUGGAGCCGACAUGUUCCUGUCAAUACUGCAAUCAGGACAGAUCAAGGAUCACAACGGAAAUCCUAUGGCACAGCGUUCCAUCUUCGGAUGGAUGGUCACAGGAAAAAUCUCAAAACAAGAAUGUGCUCAUACCUAUCAUUCGGUCAUCAAUUUGCAGCACGAGGUUGAUAUUGAUCGGACUCUGCGCUUAUUUUGGGAAGAUCAGGAGUUACACAGUCUUAAGCAACACACCAAGGAUGAACUUACGAUGAUAGAACAGUUUAACUCCACCUUAACACGCUCGAAGGAAGGUCGCUUCAUCGUUCGUUUACCAAUGGAUGAUUCGAAGCUCAAACUUGGAAACUCUCUAGUUGCCGCUACCAGGCGAUUGAGAUGUAUCGAACGCAGAUUCGACAGUGACAAUGAUUUCAAGCAACGCUAUAUAUCGUUCAUGCGGGAGUACCAGGAAUUAGGUCAUAUGAUGAUCGUACCACCAGCGGAGAUUGACGUGGAUUGGUCAAAGUCGUAUUACUUGCCGCACCACGGCGUCAUCAAGGAAGACAGCACCACUACCAAACUCCGGGUGGUGUUUGAUGGCUCGUCUGCAACAACGACCGGAGCAUCACUCAACGAUAUUCUAUUGGAUACCCCAAACAUCAACGCAGAUCUGUUCGUAGUACUACUGCGAUUCAGAACCUAUCCGAUUGUAUUCAUAGCGGACAUCGAAAAGAUGUAUCGUCAGGUAUUGGUACAUCAUGACGACACCGAUUACAUGCGUAUCGUAUGGAGAGAUUCACCUGAUAAGCCCAUUCAGCCCAUUUUCGUCUUCUUACUGUUACCUACGGACUAA